AUUAUCACAACUAGGGACAAAAGCAUUCUGAUGACUCAAGUGGGCUCAUCCAAUAAAGAGAUCCUCAACCAACCCAAAGAAAUUUCAUGUUAUGAAGUUCAGGGAAUGAGAUUUGAUUUAGCACUUCAUCUAUUUUAUAAGCAUGCAUUCAAAAGUGACUAUGUUGUGGAAGAAUAUGAUGCUUGUUCAAGCGAAAUUGUUCGUGCAGUGGGCAUGCUUCCUUUAGCCAUCGUGGUGAUAGGGUCCAAUCUUUUUGACUGGGGCAAAGAUUUGGGGCAUUUGGAUAAAAGAGAAAUAUGGGACGAGACGCUCAAGAAGUUAAAGGAAGGUCCUUUUGAGGAUGUCCGAGAUACAUUAAUGAUAAGUUAUGAACGAUUAGAGGAUAAGCACCAAGAAGUAUUUUUGGAUAUAGCCUGCUUUUUCAUUAAUACCGACAGAACAUAUCCAGUUAUCAUGUGGAAGGAUUGGGGAUACUUUCCUCUCAUUGCAAUGAGGGUUCUCUCUCAAAGGUCCUUGAUCAAAAUUAGAGAUGAUAAUAGAUUUUGGAUGCAUGACCAAGUUCGUGACUUUGGAAGGUACAUUGUUCGUCAAGUAUAUCCUCACAAGUUUUGUAGGGUGUGGAUACGUGAGGAUGCCCUGAAACUAUUGAAGGGAAAAAAGAGGAAUGAAGAUAUGGUGGCAUUAAGCCUGACUUUCGAUGGCUGCAGCCGCAGCAUUGCAUGUGAAGAAUUAGCUGCUCUACCAAAUCUAAGAUUCCUUCGAGCAAAAGGCAUUAAUUUCUUUGGCAACUUUAAGAAUCUUCUUUCGGAGUUAAGAUGGUUUUCUUGGGAAAUUACACAAAUGGAAUUUUAUGAGGGGAGUUUUCAUUUUGCUAAUUUGGUUGUGCUAGACCUUUCAAGGAGCAAUAUCAGAGACGACUGGGAUGGGUGGAGCCAUAUCCAGAUGACAGAAAAAUUAAAAGUUCUAGAUUUAACGGAUUGCACAAAGUUGCGGAGGACACCCGACUUUUCUAAUUUCACAUCUUUGGAGACGUUAGUACUUGCUCGGUGUUCUAACUUAUUAACAAUUCACCCCUCCAUUUCUAAGCUUCAACUCUUAGAGACUUUGAAUAUCAAAGGAUGCAGUUCUCUUGGGGAGUUGCCUGAAGAAGUCUGUUCUCUACAAUCUUUGAAGCAAAUUGUCAUGCCCCAAAAUUUUCAACUCUUGAAGCUUCCGGAAAGAAUUGGUAAUUUGAAAUCUUUGUCUAGUUUUGUAUUAAACGAGCACCCUAAAAUCUGCCAACUUCCAGACUCAAUUGGAGGGAUGGCGAAUCUUACAUACUUAUCUUUACAUGGGUGUGUGGGGAUAAAGGAACUUCCAAGUUCAAUUGGGGAGUUAAAAAUGUUGGUAGAGUUGCAAAUAUCAACGUUAGGCAUAGUUGAACUACCCAAUUCUAUCGGAAACUUAAAGAAACUUCGAAUGCUGACGUUAUGUAGAACGAAGAUAAAUGAGUUUCCUCAUACUAUUGGAGGACUAGAGAUGCUUGAAAUUUUAAAUGCCCAUAGAUCUUGGGAUUUGACAGAUAAAAAUUUGGAGGAAAUUGGGAAGCUAUUCCAUUUGACAACGUUGAACUUAGCAUUUACUAGUGUUUCUAGAUUGCCUCCAGAGAUUAGUCGCCUCCAUCUCCAAAGACUUGAAGUGGGUUCGAUUGAGCUUCAACAAGUGCCUGCUCUUCCAGCAAGUUUGAAAUUCCUUGCGGUUCAAGCUCUAGACUUCUCUCUUGUCCCUCAACCCUCAAGCAUCACCGAUUUAGAACAUCUAGAAUUACAAAGAUUCAGCAAUUCAACAAAGAUACCUCGCUCUACUUGGCAAGACUAUCAUUCAAAAGUUGAAGGAGCUAUGCUGAGAGAGCAACCGUCCUAUCAGCUUCCAUCUCGUUUGUUGGCCUUGAAACUCAGGGGUAUCAGUCCACUGCCACAUUUUUCCAACUUAAUCAAUUUGACAGUUCUGCAUGUAAUUGACUGUGCAAUAUCACACCUACCUAUCAAUCCAGGCCUAACACAUUUGAGGGAACUGUUCAUACGUAGAUGUAAAUCCCUUGAGAAAAUACCUGGUCUAUCACUCUUAAGGAGUCUGGAGCGCUUGGAACUGAAGGGCUUGAAUAGGCUAGUUGAGAUUCAAGGUUUGUCGGAACUGGAAUCUUUGCAGUAUCUCAUUCUUUCCAGCUGUGAUCUUAUAGGACAGUUACCCAACUUAUCCAAGUUGGGUAAGCUACAACACUUGGAGCUAGAAGCUUGUCCAAAUGUAAGAGCCAUUGAAGGCAUCGAGGGCUUAGAAAGCUGGGUGUUGGAUAGUCAUGGCCGCACUAUCCUGGAAAGAUUAUUAGAUGUCUCAAGAUCAACUUGGCUUUCCCAUAGGUUACCUAUGUACGAUGUGUUCCUGAGUUUUAGGGGACGAGACAGUCGUUUCAGCAUUGUCAAUUUCCUUCACUAUGAGAUGUUACAAGAUCGAAUUUCCGUUCAUAGUGAUGACGAUGAUUCAAGGUCCAAUGAAAGGAUUGGAGAAGAGAUUCUACAAGCACUCGCUAACUCCAAUAUCUAUAUACCCGUCUUCUCUAGAAACUAUGCUUCCAGUUAUUGGUGUCUUCGCAAACUUACCCAGAUGGUAAAAUGCACAACAGAAUCAAGGGGGAAAAGAAGAAUCCUCCCCAUGUUCUACGAUGUGGAGAUUGAUGAUGUUAAGCUUGAAACUGAUUUAUAUAAAAGCGACCUAGACAAGCACCAGACGAACUUCGACCACAGUGAAGUGAAGGCAUGGAAAGAGGCCCUAAUUGAGGUCGCAGCAAUGAGGGGGUUCAUCUUGAGAAAUAACAGCUACGAAGAAGUACUUCGAUUGGUUACUGAAGAGAUUUAUAAGGCAAGGAAAUUGUUAGAUGUUGACUCUUGAAGCCUUCUUUUGGUCGGUUGUCAAAGAAAAGGUGAAUGUGUUUGCUAUUAAUGUAAUGAAAUUCUCCCCCACUCCAUUCUGAUUCUAUUGUUUGGAGGAUCUAGAUAUUUCAUUUGGUAAUGAAAUUGGUUUGCGAUGCUAA